AUGAAUGCCGACAGCGACUGCCUGCCGUACCACUGCGCCUGGUGUCCGACAGAUGUGCAACUUGGCAUCUCUUCUCUGCACAAAAAAUCACCAAGUCUACAGAUUCCAGGGUGCUGUAGAGAGACCCCCCUCCAACCCCAUUCUCCACCCUACCCCCCCAAACUGUCUUCUUCCUCCCUCAUCACCUCUGCACAGAAGGGGCCCACCAUGGUAAUCUCGUGUCCCUCGAAUGUGAAGUCUCCGGCAGCGAUGCCCCCUUGUGUUUACCCCCCGCCUCUGGGGCCUGAUGGGUAA